AUGUUCGGCAGACACGAGGUCAACAUAUUUUGCGAAGUGCCCCCGAACACAGCAAGUCUGUUCAUUAGCUGCAAGUCCAGAGACGAUGAUUUGGGCGAACACGAACUCCGUCCCGGACAGUCUUUCAGUUGGCACUUUCGAACAAACUUGUUCAAAAGAACGUUGUUCUAUUGUUCCUUUUGGUGGGGACCAAAGCUGAAGCAAAUGGAUGUAUUCAAUGGCGAGUGGGACUCUAUGUUCAAAACUUAUUAUCGCGUCUAUAACUACGUGGCCAACGGCGAGGGUAUAUUUCUUAGCAAUGACCCUAAAAAUCAUUCAGCGGGCUUGGGGCUGGUGACCCUAUGGUGA